CAGAUUGACUUGUAGUUGGGUUGCUACCGACUGAUCACUUACCAGCAAAAAGGGAAAAGAACGAUGAUGAAGAAGAAGAAAAGAGAAGAGAAGAGAGAAAGGGAAACCUCCCCAUCUCCCACCAAAGUUUUGGGGAGGUCGAAUUCUGAUGAUUCAUGCUGUUUAACAAACAUAUAUAUUCACCAUGGAUGAGCUUCUGCUCUCCAACAAAGCAUUAGCAGAUGACUCUGGCAAAGGCAAAUCAACCCUGAACCUGAAGAAGGAUUUCACCUCCUCAUGUUUCCUUGAUCUGGGUUCACCUUUGCGUCAAUCGGCUGCCCAUAUUAUCAACACAGAAGCCAUAAUUCCCAUUCUCUCACCACAGAUCACACGGGCAGCAGCCAACAGUUCUUCCGUUGUCAAUCUCUUAGCCAACUUGAGCAAAAGAAGAGAACUCAGACGUCACUCUCAUUCUGCCCCAUCCCUGUUUACAGAGACAAGAGGUGCUCCCUCCAUUGACCAAUGCCCUUCUUCACGAUCAACCCCUUCAAUCGUUCGCCUAGCCUUCAUCGGAGUGGUUCUGUAUAUAGCUGCCGGAGUUGCCAUUUUUAUGGUGACAAGUGGAAGUUUCACAGGCCACUCAACGUUCAGCCUAGUAGAUGCUCUGUAUUUCACUGUGGUCACUCUCUGCACCAUAGGAUAUGGCGACAUUGUGCCUGGUACCACCUUCACCAAGCUCUUCACCUGUGCAUUCAUCCUUGUUGGUUUUGGGUUCAUCGAUAUCUUGCUCAAUGGUCUGGUGGUCUACGUGCUUGAUCGACAAGAGACAGUGCUAUUAAGUGCAGUGGAUGAAAACAGACUGAAUACAGUGUUCCAGACAUACAUCAUUGACACUGUGAAGGGAAGAAUGAGGAUCAGGAUGAAGGUGGCUUUGGCUUUGUUUGCUGUGUUUGGCUGCAUUGCCAUAGGGACAAUCAUGGUGCAUGUUCUGGAGGGAUUGGAUUGGACAGACAGCUUCUAUUUGUCUGUGACUUCUGUGACCACAGUAGGAUAUGGAGACUACUCAUUCAAGACUCUAAAGGGUAGGUGCUUUGCCAUCAUUUGGCUAUUGGUAAGCACAUUAGCUGUAGCCAGAGCUUUCUUGUACCUCACAGAGCUCAGGAUAGAAAAGAGAAACCGCAAGAUUGCCAAAUGGGUUCUUCAGAAGAAGAUUACUCUUGGUGACCUGGUGGCUGCAGACCUUGAUAAUGAUGGGUCCAUAAGCAAAUCUGAGUAUGUUAUCUACAAGCUUAAGGAGAUGGGGAAGAUAGCAGAGAAAGAUAUCCUGCAGAUCUGCAACCAGUUUGACAGGCUGGACACAGGCAAUUGUGGGAAGAUCACACUCGCUGAUCUUAUGGAAAAUCACCAUUGAGUUGUGGAUUUUUCUCUAAUAGAACAAGCGUGCCUACCCCAUAUGAGAGGUAUUCUUGGUUUGAAAACCUUUCCAUCAACUAGACAAGAGAAGAUCCUACUUUUAUCAAGCUAUAAAUGGUUUAAAGGUGCCAGCUCCUGUUUAUCGUAUUCUGUGAGCUUCCCUGCUGCUCCAUUGAAUAUGCCUAUAACAGUCCCUUCAAGGAACUAGCUGUCUCUUGGAUAAGUCAUACCAUAAAAAAUAUGGAUUCUGAGAUAUGAUUCAACUAGAAUUGCCCUUGGUUUUUAUUGGGUAGCAAAAAGAUAUUGGUUUCUUAAGAUCCAUAGGUCCAUCAAUGGCAAAAGGAUAUUGGUUUCUUAAGUAAUCAACAAUCUUUAUAGAUGGGCAUCGUACUGAUUAUCAGUAGAAAUCAUCUAUACAACACCAUAUUGGUAUAGGAUGCCCAUGGCAGUUAUUCUUUCACAAAUGCACAAGAAAGAUAAAGUAGAGCAUGGAAAGAAGAAAGGGAGCUUCAAUAAUUUCAUGUUUAUGUUACUCGUCAUGUUUUGCUUGUUACUGAAGGGGUUAGCUCCUACCCUAAUGUAAAGGUGUGUAAAAAUGCUCAAAUUUAGAAGAAAUCAACAAAAGCAGAUCAUGGAUAUCUUAUUCUUGUAUGAAACAAUAUAAAUGGUCACCCAUGUCCUUAAGUAUCAAUAUCAUGUAUUUAUAGAUCAAGUUAGAAAAGUGGUUAAUUUGUAAUUACAAGAAAAAAUUGUAAUUACCAAAGAAAGAUGUUUUCCUUAUUUCUUGUUUCAUGAUUUCCUCGAUGUUGGCCAUUUUUUUGGUUAACCAAUUCAGAUGAAAUUCUGCAUACUCCCUCCAGUUCUGCUCAA